AGAAAAAGAAAGUGGGAGUGAGGUCCCCGGCGGCGGUGGGUGUUAUCGUCGAAAGUUCUUCGCCGGUGGUUAUUAGGUGCACCGUCGUCUUUUCGUUGGUCUGUCACUCCACAGUUCCGGUGACCUAAGUUUUCUAAUCUCAAUCCUUAUUCACAAACGUCACUUUGAAUUUGGCUGAAAAGAAUCAUCAUUUGCCUGUUAGUAGGUAAAUUUUGGGGUUUAGUUCCGUCUUGCCCCCCUUUGAUGUGGAAUUGUUGCAUGCAUCCAUGUUGGCCCCAGUUCUGAACAUUGAGAUAUGAUGAGAAGCUACAGUUGGCCAGUUACUCAAUAGAGAAAUAAGCCACAUGGUUGUAUAAUAAAAAAUGGAGGUAGAGGUAAAGGAGGCUGCAAAGAAUAAGAGUAGAAGACAAGUUCUCCGGAGAGCAAAAGUUUCACGUAAUAUGAUUGAUAACCAGAGUAUGAGUGAAAAUUCUUCUGAGAAAGAGGCUGCUAACGAGGAUGAUGAUUCUAUUGUGAAGCCUUAUGUCGGUAUGGAGUUUGAAUCUGAAGAAGCUGCCAAGAUAUUCUAUGAUGCUUAUGCCAGGCAUGUGGGUUUUAGUACCCAUGUUGGUCAAUAUAGCCGUACUAUGCCUGAUGGACCAAUAAUUUCUUGGGAUUUUGCUUGUCCUAAAGAGGUAUUCAAAAGGAAAAAUGUCGAAAGUUGUAAAGCGAUGCUUACAAUAGAGAGAAGGGAUCCAAAUUGUUGGGUUGUGACAAAGUUUGUAGCUGAUCAUAACCAUUCUACUGUAAGUCCCAGCAAGGUAAAGUUUCUGCGACCUUGGAAACAUUUUGCUGGAGCUGAAAAAAAUGUGUCUGAGACCUUAGACUCCACAGCUGAUGUUCUUGCAUAUACUCAUGGAAAUAAUACAUUUCUUGAUUCCAUUCAUGGAUGUAGUAGGAGUGCAUCAUUAGAACCAAAAAUCCAAAUAACUCCUGCAAAUGCAAGCGAUCCCAAACACAUUACGAGGAUGCCGGCAAAUUUCAUUGAACCUGUCUUCAGAAAGAAAACCCUUGGAAGAGAUGCUCAAAAUAUCCUCAACUAUUUCAAAAAGAUGCAGGCUGAGAAUCCUGGAUUUUACUAUGCAAUUCAACUAGAUGAUGAUAACCGAAUGACAAAUAUCUUUUGGGCAGAUGCAAGAUCCCGUAUUGCUUACAGUCGGUUUGGCGAUGCAGUUACUUUCGAUACAAUGUAUAGACCAAAUCAGUAUCAGGUUCCAUUUGCUCCUUUUACUGGUAUAAAUCAUCACGGUGAAAUGGUUUUGUUCGGAUGUGCACUACUUUUAGAUGAGUCUGAAUCCUCCUUUAUUUGGUUGUUUAAGACUUGGCUAUCUGCAAUGAAUGAUUAUCAUCCUGUUUCUAUAACAACUGAUCAAGAUAGAGCCAUUCAGGUAGCAGUCAGUCAGGUGCUUCCAGAGACGCGUCACUGCAUUUGCAGAUGGCACAUCUUGAGAGAAGGCCAAGAAAGAUUAGCUCACAUAUUUCUCGCUCAUCCUUCUUUGUAUGGAGAAUUAUAUAACUGCAUUAACUCUUCUGAUGCAGUUGAGGAUUUUGAAUCGACAUGGUGCUCUCUUCUUCACAGUUAUAAUAUCCAGAAGAAUGAAUGGCUUCAAGCUGUCUACACUGCUAGACAUCAAUGGGCUCCUGUAUAUUUCCGGGAUGCUUUUUUUGGUGCACUCUCGUCAAACCAUGGCAAUAGAUCUUUUUUCGAUGGAUAUGUGAAUCAACAGACAAUUCUUCCAAUGUUUUUCAAGCAGUAUGAAAGGGCUUUGGAACAUUCACUAGAGAGGGAAAAUGAAGCAGAUUUCGAUACAAUUUGCACAACACCUGUCCUGAAGACACCAUCACCUAUGGAACAACAGGCGGCAAAUCUUUACACCAAGAAGGUUUUUGCUAAAUUCCAAGAGGAACUGGUUGAAACAUUUGUAUAUACUGCAAAUAAUAUCGAGGAUGAUGGAUUUGUCAGCAAAUAUAGAGUUGCAAAAUAUGAACAUGAUGAAAAGGCAUACAUUGUUAGUGUGGACAUGGCCGAGGUGAGAGCAAGUUGCAGCUGCCAGAUGUUUGAAUACUCAGGCAUUCUCUGCAGACACAUAUUAACUGUUUUCACAGUGACGAAUGUUCUCACACUUCCCUCACAUUACAUAUUGAAGAGAUGGACAAUGAAUGGCCGGAUUGGCCAUGGAAUUGAUGAAUAUGAUGCUCCUACUCAGGGAAUUGAGUCUUUGACGGCUCGAUUCAAUAGUUUAUGUCGAGAAGCCAUUCAAUAUGCAGAGGAAGGGGCUGUUUCCAUGGAGACUUAUAACACAGCAAUGACCUUUCUGAGAGAUGGGGCAAGAGAAGUAUCUGCUGUUAAAAGAACUACUGCGAAAAUUACAAGUGAUGACAGUAACAAGAAAAAUUAUUUAUCAACUCCUGUGGCGAGUCCAUCUUGGCCCUGGCAAGAUGCAAUUCCUCAACGUUUUAAUCUUAAUGCUAUAGGAGUUCCUGGAAGUGAUCUGAAUAAGACAAGUACAGCUCCUAUUUCCAUUAAUGGGGACAAUGUCUCUUCAGAUAGCCAGGUGGUUCUUACUUGCUUCAAGGCCAUAACUUGGCUCAUUGAGAAUCAGAAUUCUUCUGUUUCCAGUAAAGCUGCUGUAAUUAACCUAAAGUUGCAAGAUUAUGGUAAGAUUCCUUCAGGGGAAAAUGAUGUUCAGUUUAGACUCACAAAGGUCACCCUUGAACCUAUGUUGAAAUCCAUGGUUUACAUCAGUCAGCAGCUCUCAACACCAACUAAUAAAGUUGCUGUUAUCAAUUUGAAGCUACAAGACAUAAAUACUACAUAUGGGGAAACAGAAGUGAAGUUCCAAGUUUCAAGAGAUACUCUUGGUUCUAUGUUAAGAUCAAUGUCCUACAUCCAUGAGCAACUUUGAGAUUCAGUGAGUGAUAGAUCUAUUCUAGUUAUUUUUUGAUUAUCUAGCAUAUUUUGAGAUUAGAAACACAUCAGUUGUUGACAUGUUUCUCUACUUUGAGUUACAAA